UCUCCACGAGCUGUGUAACUUGUAACACACACAAUCAAAAACAUCGGAGAGAGAGAUGAGUCAACAAGAGCAACCACGUAGGCCACAAGAGCCGGUGAAAUACGGAGACGUUUUCGAGGUCUCCGGGGAGCUAGCCGAUAAGACCAUAGCGCCCGAGGAUGCAAACAUGAUGCAAGCAGCCGAGACGCGCGUCUUCGGACACACUCAAAAAGGCGGUUCAGCCGCCGUCAUGCAGUCUGCAGCCACUGCCAACAGACGUGGUGGCUUCGUCCAUCAAGGCGACGCAACCGACGUCGCGGCUGAACAUGGCGUCACCGUGGCGCAAACCGACGUCCCUGGUGCACGUGUCACCACAGAAUUCGUCGGUGGACAGGUCGUUGGACAAUACGUGGAACCCAGGCCUGUGGCGACUACGGCGGCUAUAGACGCUGAAACGUUGGGACUAGGUUUGCAGAGUGCGAUAACAAUAGGAGAAGCAUUGGAGGCAGCUGUACAAACCGCUGGAAACAAACCGGUGGAUCAGAGCGAUGCAGCAGCGAUCCAAGCGGCUGAGGUCAGAGCUUCUGGCACCAACGUUAUCGCUCCCGGUGGAAUAGCUGCUUCAGCUCAAUCAGCAGCGAAUCACAACGCUACUGUGGACCGUGACGAAGACAAAAUAAAGCUCGUCGAUGUUUUGGCGGGUGCGACGGGGAAGUUACAGGCGGAUAAAGCUGUGACGAGGCAGGAUGCAGAGGGAAUAGUGAGCGCUGAGCUGAGGAACAACCCUAAUCUGACUACUCAUCCAGGUGGUGUGGCCGCUUCUGUUACCGCCGCAGCUAGGCUUAACGAGAAGGCAGAUAUAUGAAAAGAGAUGGUUGUAAUAAAGCUUUUCUUAUAAAUCAAGGAACUAGUGAUGUUGUAAUAUCGUCAAGGUUUUAUUUCUGUUCUUGUUUUUGUUCUGUCUGUUCAAAACAUAAUGUUAAAGGGGUUCCAAACAUGGAGACUUUCAUGUUUAAGUUAAA